AUGAAAAUACUCGAUUAUUGCUGCAAAUUUCAGAUUCCUCAGAUAGGAUUUGGAAUUGCUGUGUCGGGUGGUCGUGAUAAUCCACAUUUUACUUCCGGUGAUCCAGCAGUUGUAGUGAGUGAUGUUGUACCGACGGGUCCUGCUUGGGGUUUAGUUCAAGUAAACGAUCGAAUACUUUCCGCGAAUGGUAUUUCAUUAGAAAAUGCUGAGUAUGCUGCUGCUGUAAAAAUUAUGAGGGAGUCUGAACAUUUAAAUAUGAUAAUAAAACGGCGUGUACCAGUGCCUAUUCUUGAAUUUGAGCAGCGAACUUUAAAAUUUACUUUGUCGAAAUCUCGCAAAAAAGAAGAUUUCGGUAUUGUUCUUGGUUGUAAAUUCUUUAUAAAGGAGAUAACAAAUCGAAAAUUGGCAGAAAAGGACCCAGGUCUUCGUGAAGGUGAUAUGGUAUUACGUAUUAAUGGUCAAAGCUUAGACGGUGUAACACUUGAAGAAGCAACGAAAUGGCUUGCAAAAAGUCGUGAAAAACUUUCUUUAGUUGUUCAACGUGAUAUACGUCGUGAUGCAAGCAGAUGGCCCAGCCAGAAUACGGUUUACGAACGACUUGGCUCACUAUCAGGAACUCCUCGACAUUCUCCAUCGCCAAUGCAUAAUAGCCAUCAGUCUGUCGCACAACGAUCUUCUUUUGAUUGUGCAACUAGUUCUAAUGCUAAUGCUAGGUAUUAUUUUCAUUUAUUUUUCAUUUCUGAUAAAAUAGUGAGAACUGUUCGAUUUCGUAAAUCUUGUGGGAGUCUAGGUGUACGUGUAAUUGGCGGUAAUCGAGUGGGAAUAUUUGUUUCUGCUGUACAAGAAGAUUCACCUGCUGCACAACAUUCAAUCAAACCUGGUGAUCGAAUUCUUUCUGUUAAUGACAAAUCGAUGGUUGGAAUUACUAGAGAAGAGGCUGUGCGUCAUUUACUUGCUCUAAAUGAUGAUGUCGUUAUGAAAGUUGAACAUGCUGGCAUAGAUUUUGAGCAGAUUCGACAAAGUCAACUUGGUGAUAACUUUUAUAUUAGGACACAUUUUGCACACCAAAAGGCGUCGAAUCAUUUAGAAUUGACUUUUCAAAAUGGUGAUAUAUUUCACAUAACUGAUACAUUAUUUGGUGGUACUGUUGGUUUUUGGCAAGCAACUCGUGUUUAUAGUAUAAAUGAGGGUAAUUACGGUGGUGAAGCGAAUAAAGGUGUUAUUCCAAACGCCGAAACGGCAGAGAAUCUUGCUAAACUUUCUCGAGUCGAUAGUUCAACACUUGGCCGAUCAACAUUUUUUCGUCGCAAAUUGAAAGAACGCCGAACGAAAUCAUUAACAAAGAAUUUCACCGAUGAUCUACCUUGUCUCGAGAAUGGUUAUGAUAUUGCUUUGCCAGCAUAUGAACGAGUCGUUCUUAGGCAACCAUCGUUUCUGAGGCCUGUUGUUCUUUAUGGGCCAUUGGCCGAUGUUGCUCGUCAUAUGUUGCUAACUAAUUUUCCACUCUAUUUUGUUGGCACUGCUGAUGAAAAUAUCGUUCGAUUAGGCAAUAUUGAUGCGGCUAUAACAGCAAAUAAGCACUGUGUGCUAGAUAUAAGUCCAGGGUCAGUAGAGAGGUUGCAGUUAGCUCAGUAUGCACCAAUAGUUAUUCUUAUUGAUGUGGAUAAUAGAGGUCGAUUACGCGAACUGAGAAAUAAAGCUGGAGCACCACCUGCAUCAUCAAGAAAAUUAUUCGAGCAAGCUCAAAAAAUCAAGAAGCAUCAUUCACAUUUAUUAACUGCAACACUUGAUGCUACGAAAGAAGAUGGAUGGUUCGAUGCUUUACGCCAACUUAUUGCUCAUUUGCAAGAUCGACGGGUGUGGAUGCCUGAAUUUCGACCUGUCGCGAAUCUAAAUGAUGUUGUCUUAUUCCCAAUGCAAAGUAUUACAGGAUGUGAUUCAGAUGUUGAAUCUUCGAGAGGGUAUAACGCUUCGAAUGUUGUUCCUACUUCAGUUCCUCCUUUGCCUAUAGUUCUUUCUCCUAAUAAUGGCCUUCAAAAUGGUCAUUCUCCUUGCAAAAUACAAAUGAACAAUCGAAUAAAGGAUCAAAUGGAACAAUUUUCUCCAAUGAAAUCGAAUACCAUCGCCAAGGAAAACUCAUUAAAACCUACUAAUCUUGAUGUUUCACUAACAACUGCUGUUACUCCUUCUCAUACAGUUAUUACAGAUCCGCAAUGCUCGCAAAGACUGUCACAGACAUCACCUGGUUAUUACGAUGUUAAACAGUAUUUCUCAAACUUUUCUGUCGAAUUUUCUAUUAUCUCAUAUAAUUUUAUAUUUAUUGCAUUUUAUAUUAUUUUAUUAUCUAAUUUAUUUUUUUUUAAUAUUUUAUUAUGUAUAUUUCAUGAAGAGUUACAAUUUUUCAGUGGUAAUAUUAUGUCACAAAAUGAAUAUCAGCAACAACAUCGAAUCCCAUUUGUGGAAAGUCCAAAGCCAGUACCGAAUGAUCGAACAACUGUUGUUCUUUCGCCAUUAGAAUCUGAAGCAACUGCUACUAUACAGUUGAAAGCGAAAGAGCCGACUGCAAAUGCAUCUUUACGCACUCUUGAUGAACAAAUCACACAGCUAAUAGACGAUGAAUCUCCUAGGGAUCGAGAUACACUAGAACCAACAGUUAUCGAACAUGUAUCAAGUGUUGUUGAUUCGAGCGGUGGAACGAUCAGUUGUCCUCAAUCCGGAGCAAUGCUUAUCAUUCCAAAUGGAGCGAUUAAUGAAGGGGUUCAACAAGAAAUUUAUAUAAAGGUAUGCAGAGCGAAUUCUGAACAGAGCCAACCGCCCUUAGACGAAAGCCGUGAAGAAUGUUUAAUGAGUCCUUUGGUGAUGUGUGGACCACAAAACUUACAGUUCAAUGUACCUGUUGAACUCAGAUUGCCGCAUUCGGCAUCGAAUAGCGGUGGAAACUGGACAUUUGCACUCAAAUCGGGGACCGGUGAAGAAUGGAAUCAAGUAACGCUCGAUGAAAAUGCGUCGUCAAUGGUUACUGAUCGUUUUGUUUCGGUUAAAAUUGAUCAUUUCUAA